CCCCGCGUGAUCUCUCUACUGCUGCUUGUACGUUCACACACAGCAGCCGACACGAUGAGACAUGCUCUCCGCGUCACCUUGCUUUUUCUCGUCAAUCAUCUCGGCGGGACUGGAGUUGUAAAUGCUUCGUGGACGUCCGGCAGGCGAAGGUCAGCAGGGCCUUCAUGGACUACGGAGGGCGACAUCGAGGAGUUGGCGGGAGCAGGCCGUCGGCAGCUGGGUCAACAAGGAACACCGAUUGCGGAAUCUCUCCUGCAGACACCGCCAGGACUAGAAGAGUCCCGAAGGAAUGGGGCGGGAUUCGAACCGUAUGCCAACAACGGCGGGACAGUGGUCGCGGUGGCCGGCCCGGACUACUGCAUCAUCGCAGCGGACUCGCGGUUGAGCGACGGCUACACCAUCUUGAGCCGAAACGUAACCCGCGUCCACCGCCUUUCCGGGGACACUCACCUCGCGACUGCCGGCUGCUGGGCUGACACGCAGGGCUUGCUUCGCUUGCUGGAGUACUUGAUACGUGACUACGAGAUGGAGCAGCGACGGACUAUGGGCACCAAGGCCGUGAGCCGCAUGCUGAGCACGCAUCUCUACUAUCGGCGGGGCUUUCCGUUUUACACGUUCAACAUCGUGGGCGGCCUAGACGAGGAAGGCAUUGGAGCCGUGUACGGAUACGAUGCUGUUGGUUCUUUCGAGCGCGUUAGGGUGGCGUGCGCGGGUGGCGGACUUAGCCUUAUGCAACCCGUGCUCGAUCGCCUCGAUGCCGCUGAGGCGGCGACCGGGGCCGGCGGGGGCCAGCGCGCGGGGCGGGAACAGCCCGUGGUGGCUGUAGGGCUGGAGGAAGCGUUGGCGUUAGUUAGGAAGGCGUUCGUGGCGGGAGGGGAGAGAGAUAUCAGCCUCGGGGAUGAGGUGGAGAUAGUGGUGGUGACUCGAAAGGGCCACCGACGAGAACGGCUGCAGCUCAAGAGCCAUUGAGUAUUAGAACGUUCUGUGUAAAUACACGCUUGCUUUUGGCAGUAUCGGUGUUCCACCUCCUGAGUAGCAGCCCCCACGGUGGUGCCCUAUCCAACAGACAUAAUUGUCGAGGGAAAUAGAGGGGGAAGCACUUCUCAUGGCGGCACCGAGAACAGCUGCACUCAAGAGCGACAGUAGACAUCAAUAUCUUCGUAUUUUUCGCGGAGCAUGCGUACACGUGUUUCUCUCACGCGGCGGUUCCGCGCUUUUCCAAUGGUUGAUAAUGUUAUGUUGAAGUACGA